CUCAUGUGAUUCCAGUCCGGGCGUGAUUCGUGUGCGCACUGUUUACCUUCCGCUGCAGACAAGAGAAAAGAAGGAAUGCCAGACUUUCUCUUAAAAUGUACUCCCACGGCUCAGAGAGUUUAAUAAAACAAGCAAGGGACAUCCAUGAGUCUGAGCUGCAGAAGUUUUUCAGCCGGUUGGUGAAGCUUCUCCAGGGGAAGGAGCUCGGCCAUGAGACCGUCGACUCCCUGCAGAGGCUGCUCCUCAUCCUCUCUGCCACCAAGUACACCAAGACGUUGCCUCCAGAACUUCAGAGGAGGCUUGUAUCUCUACUGUCAUCAUCUGCAGAGCAACUCCAGGUGCUGAGCUCAGCUGUGCUCAGAGAGACACUGCCCCUCUCUGGCCAGGAAGUGAACUACAAUCAGGAGAACAUCUUCCAACUGAACAGCCAUGCUGCUUCCCUCCUGCUCUCACAGGCUCAAUCCAGGGCCGAUCUGUCGUCCCUUUGCGCUCAGCUCCUCCGCGGCCUCGAAGGCCGUCAAUCAGAGGGAUCGGCUCACUCUCUCACACACACGCUGCCCAUCCUCAACAGCAUCCUCACACACAGCCCCGAGAGCCUCACCGAAGAUCAUGUGACCCUCUUGAGUAAAAAGCUUGUGGAUUGGCUGCGUUACGCCAGCAUCACUCAGGGAGGAGGGGCUUCCUCGGGAGGGUUUUUCACAGGGCCGAGGUCACGCCAACCGGUGCCGACAGCAGAGCUUGACGGGACGGUGUCAGGAGACUUCUUCACCGUGCUGUGUGUGGGUCAGGGGUUCACCGACGACCAGUGGAUGAACGUUUACUCCUUCUCCAUGCUUCGCCACUGGCUUCUUACCAACCACUCCGUUUGCAACGGCAACACCACCGCAGACACAGCUCACAGGCUGCAGCUCAGCCUCUCCCUCUCCCACUCCUUCUCCAAUGACGAUCGGUCGGAGGUGGAUGGAUCGGUGGUUUCUAUGGUUUCAGCGACGUCCUCCUCCAGCCGCCUGCUGCCUCCGAAGGAGCGACUGAGAGAGAAAGCUUUCCAGUACUGCCAGCGGCUCAUCGAGCAGAGCGACCGCAAGGCACAAAAAAGGAUCGAUACAGACCUGCAGAAAGCGUGUCUGGUGGAGGCGGUGUGUAUCCUGGACCGUGUGUGUGAGGAGGACACCUCACUGGUCUUCAGAACGUUCCCGUGUAUUAAGGCGCUCUUCGGCCGCCUCAGCUCGGACCUGUCGUUUGCACGAGUCCUCCUGCCCAUAGCGCAGUUCUACCUCCACCACGGUGAGACGGCUGCAGUGGACUGUGAGAGUGUCUGGAACCUGGUGUUUGGUCGAUUUCCUGCCGAGCUGUUUAAUGACCUCUUCCUGGCACACGAGCUGCUGCGCUUCCUUCGGCUGAACCUCGAGAGCCUGCAGGCCCGGGUCCCGCAGUACACCCGGUCCUUCCCAAACCUGCUGAAGUUUUUGGCGUGGGACAGCCCGUCUGCGGUGGACGACUUUGUGGAUCUGCUGCCCUCUCUGGUGACAACUGGAACUGCAGUGGAGCUCCUUCACACUCUGUUGGACCUUCCCUGUCUGUCUGCCACACUAGUCUUACAGCUCAGGUCAGCCUGUCAGCCCAUCUCAGACACAGGCGGACGUGCCCUCCUGUCACUCGAUGCAUUCCGCAGCACGUCUUACAGAGGGCUUUUCCUCUUCCUGCUUCGAGGGGAAGCAGGUUCAGGUGACACUAUUGACCGACUGAGCACGCUGCAUAAGCUGCUAGCUGAGGCUGCUGAUUGGCCGAGGGUUGUUCAGUGUUCCCAGAUGGUCCCAGUGCUCCUUCACAUUUUUUUCAACACAGUCGUCACGGUUGCCAAUGAUAAGCUUUUAGCACACUUGAUUCUGGUGAUGCUGGAGAGAAGCAGCCUCCUCCUCAAUAUUCCCAAAUACAUCAAAGAGAUACACAGGGUGUUUAGCUGCCACCUUCUGAGGCUGUGCAAGCUCCACCCCUCUCUGGUAGUCGACCAAUCCCACGAGCUGCUGGAGUUCGCAGGUGCAACUGCAAAUGUGUACAGCAAAGAAGACAUCUACACACACGUGGUGUGGGUGCUCGGGGAGUACCUCUCCGUUUCCUGUGACUCCCGCUGCUCCGUGAGGCUCAUCACUUCCUGUUUUGAGACAUUAGAGGCUGUGCUGUUUGAGAUCACUUCCUCUGCCCCAACACCUGGAGCCGUUUGCCCCGCCCCCAGAGUCAUCACCACUCUCAUGAGCGCUCUGGCUAAGCUGGCGUCCAGAUCACAUGACCUUAUACCACGGGUGUCUUUGUUCUUCUCCAAGUUGAGAACAGUAACCAGAGGAGGGUCUGUGCCCUGGUGCAACAAUGAAGAGGACCUUGUUGCCAUAGUAACAAGAGGGGAGGAGCUGUGGUCGCUGCUGAAGGCGCCCGGUGUGGCUCAGAGCGUCCUGACUCCGCCUACUCACAUCGCCACACCCCAGUGGCACCAAGACACCAAUGUGGCCAUGCCGCUGCGACUGCGAGCUCUCACCAGCCUCACACACCCACAGUGACACACACACACGCACACACACACGCACACACUGAUACACAAUCAAUCAGUUUGCACUCAGAUCAGUGUGAAAAUAACGAUUUCUUUAUGAAAUGGGCACUUAUAUAAUCUCUGAUUGAUUACUGCACAUCACCUUUGUAAAUAAAUGACAUUAUUUGAUAGAAACUUGAAGUGAUGAAGCAUUUUUCCCCCCCCCAAAAAAUACACAGAUUCAUCCAAAUGUAAUAUAGACUCUUCUUUAAUGCACUGAAAAUAAAAUUUGACAAAAUAGAUCCUUUGAUUAAAAAAAUAAAGACAACACUAAC